AGCAGGAAGAAGACAGAGGCAGUCAGUGAGCAGCAGAGGGGACAAAUUGACAGACUGAUGGUGGAUGCAGAGGCACCAGUCAGGGAGGUAUGGCUGAUGCUGCCUACUGUUCACUCCUCUGGUCCUCUUUGGGAGCACAGCUGACCACAUUAUCCAUCCCCUCCCUCUUCCUCUCACCUUGCUGCCUCCUCUUCCUCCCUAAGAACAUGGAGGUCACCAAGGUCACGCCACCUGUCCUGGAACGUCGGGCUCGCCAGCGACAGCCCAUGGUUUCAGUGCUCAAAUCCAAGCUGAAGCAGGGUGUGACCUGCUCGGUGCCCAGAGUCCGAUCCACCCUGACCGGGUUCUUCCCCGUUGUGCGCUGGCUGCCUAAAUACAAGCUCCGCGAGUACGUCUGGGGCGAUUUGAUGUCCGGGGUGAUCAUCGGUAUCAUCUUGGUACCGCAGGCCAUCGCCUACUGCCUGCUGGCAGGAGUGGGUCCCAUCUAUGGUUUAUACACCUCAUUUUACGCCAACCUCAUCUACUUCCUCAUGGGGACGUCCAGACAUGUCUCUGUGGGGAUCUUCAGCCUCAUGAGCCUCAUGGUUGGACAGGUGGUGUAUAAGGAGAUGUUCCUGGCAGGUUUUGACCUCAAUGAGGACUCCACAGCAUCUGGCCCUGAUGUGUUUAAUGCCACACUGGGCACUAACCUCACCGCUGGUAAACUUCACACUGUGGAGCUAAUGGGUCUGCAGUGUGGGAAGGAGUGUUACUCCAUCAGCAUCGCUGCUGCCCUCACCUUCCUGGUCGGCGUCUAUCAGGUCGUGAUGGCCGUCUUUCGGCUAGGCUUCGUCUCUGUAUACCUUUCGGCUCCAAUGCUUGAUGGUUUUGCCACGGGAGCCUCAUUCACCAUCCUCACCGUGCAGGCUAAAUACCUGUUGGGACUAAAGAUCCCCCGUCACCAGGGCUACGGCACAGUUGUCGUCACCUGGUUCAACAUCUUCGCCAACAUUCAUAAGGUCAACCUGUGUGACCUCAUCACUAGCACCAUCUGUAUCUCUGUAUUAGUGGCAGGGAAAGAGAUCCAGGAGCGCUACAAGGAUCGUCUUAAGAUCCCUCUGCCGACUGAGCUGAUAGUUGUGGCAGGAGCUACCCUGGCCAGCCAUUUUGGGGAGCUGAACAGCAAUUAUGGCUCCAGUGUAUCCGGUCACAUCCCCACAGGGUUCAUUCCUCCCCAGGUGCCCAGCUUUACUCUGAUGCCACGGUUGAUAGUGGAUGCCAUUCCUUUGGCAGUCAUUAGUUUUGCCUUCACGGUGUCGCUGUCUGAGAUGUUUGCUAAGAAAAAUGGCUACACGGUUCGUCCCAACCAGGAGAUGCUGGCCAUCGGCUUUUGUAAUAUCAUCCCCUCCUUCUUCCACUGUUUCACCACCAGUGCAGCAUUGGCAAAAACCAUGGUGAAGGACUCAACAGGUUGCCAGACACAGAUUUCCAGUCUGAUAAGCGCCAUGGUUGUCCUUCUCGUCCUUCUCUUCUUUGCGCCUUUCUUCUACGCCCUCCAGAAGUGUGUUCUUGCCUGUAUCAUCAUUGUAAGCCUUCGUGGGGCACUGAGGAAGUUCAAAGAUGUCCCAGCUAAGUGGCGUGCCAGCCGGAACGACGGCAUUGUGUGGCUGGUCACCAUGUCAGCCACAGCUCUGAUCAGUGUGGAGCUGGGCCUCAUGGUCGGAGUAUUUUUUUCCAUGAUCUGCGUCAUUUUUAUGACCCAGAACGCUAAGGUCUCUCUCCUGGGCCGGGCCAAGGACACUGAUCUUUACGAGGACUUGGACGAGUACAAGAACCUUAUGGCCCCACCUCAGGUUCAGGUAUUCCGCUUCCAGGCUCCGCUGUACUACGCCAACAAGGACUCAUUCCUAAAAUCACUCUACAAAGCUGUCGGAGUUGAACCUUUUUUGGAGCUGACUAAGAGGAGAAAGGCAGAGAAGAAGGCCAGAGAGAUGUCCUCAAAGCUUGGCAAGGCAAAUGGGGAUAAAAACAACUCUGUUGUAAUCGGACUUGUACAAGGAGAACUGGCUUUCCACACAAUAGUCUUAGACUGCUCGGCCAUACCCUUCAUUGACUCAACAGGCAUGGCCACAUUUAAAGGGCUGGUCAGUGAAUAUAAAGAGAUAAGUGUCAGCGUGCUCCUCGCCAACUGCAACACCUCAGUCAUUGAUGCCCUGCAGAAAGGACAAUUCUUUGGGGAAAAUGACAAAGACAUGAGCAGCCUGCUGUUUCAUACAGUUCACACGGCAGUUCUUCAUGCAAACAGUACAUCUGCAGCAGCAGAAAGCAGGUUAGAAGACUCUGUGGUUUAGAACAGCUGGAGGAAGGAGUUCAGGUAUGCUAUCAUGAUAUGAGGUUAUGCCGUCUAUGACAAUACUGCAUACUGCCAGUUAGCUUUGAGGUCGCUAUUUAGGAAGCUUUGUUCCAGAAGAAAUGGGGUAACCAAGAGGAUUCAAUAAGGAAAAGUAUCCUAUCAAUUCAUUGUUUGAUGCUUUGUGCCCUUUAACACCGGAAUAUUUGGUUCCGACGUAUAUCAUAGACAGUUUUCUCCAAAUACAUUGGAAUUUUUAAGAAUUAAAUUUGUGGACAGACCAUUUUGCUAGCUUAGUCUGUAAACGCUCCCUCCUAACUGUCCUCUACGGUGGCCUUACAAAACAUAAGGAAGCACAGCAUGUGGUUCAGCAAACCUCUGCAAUCCAAGCUUUGACUCAUCCAGCUGAUUUUUGGAUGUAAUUUUUUCAAUAUAGGAGAAGCAGAUGGGAAUACCACAAAAUGAGAGCAGGUAAGGGUAACAGGCACAAGGCCCAACGUAGUCAAACUCCCUGGUUUGUUCCUAUUAAGAGCUGAUUAAUAUCCGAGUCAUACAAUACAUUUGUGUCACUCUGUCAAAAGCAACGUUGACUGAAAGCUGUUUUCACUUUUUAUAUCACUUGAAGCCUUUUGCCAAAGUACAUAAUGGCUCUGAUCCAGGAGUCCAGAGUUCACACAUGAAGAUUCAGCCACUAUUGGCAGUAUUUCCUGACCUUCCAACUGUGACAUUGGAGCACAAAAUCAUGUCUAAAGGCCAGUUAUUAAUUAAACUCUUCCUGACUUAAAGAAGAAGCACUCGUCCGUGGCGGGAACAGAAGCUUUACGUGACCCACGAGGAGUGCUUUUUCAGCUUCGGUCUCGCACCAAGACAGCCUUGCCUUUAAAACCAUGGCUCAUCACAACAUACUUGUACUCUUGCCCUGUUCUCUGGUGACCCAUUAAUGGCAGCUCUACCUGUUCUAGAUCUGUUCUUGUAAAAAUGAAGGAUUUGCACACCUCUGCAAUCUCUUCUCGGGUGCUUCUGAAAUGUAUAUCUAAACUGAUAGCAGCAGGUGAUGCCACAUACUGUACUUUGCCACUACUGGUUUGUUGAAUCAAAUGUUUUGUGUUGAGCAGAUUUAUUCUCUUUUGUUAUUAAAUCACUGUUUUUCCCUUGAGUCUUUUAUCCUGUUGCUGCCAAGUGCAAACAUUGGUCUUGAAAGUACCCCAAUUUAUGUUAUACUUAAAAAAGGAUGCAUUUUUACUUUUACUACUUUAUCAUGAAGUUUUGAUGAACCGCCAUUGUAUUAAAAUAUAGAAAUUUGUGUUUGUAAAAUUUAGAAACCUAACAAUUUAUAUUUUCCUACACUUAUUUUGUUAUCAAACUGUUUCCAUGUAUUAAUGGAACUUAAAUCAUCACGUGUUUUAGAUUUGUAGAAACGUGUAGUCUGCUGGACUUUCAUUGUUGACAGUGUUGACAUUCAACAUUCCUACACAGUACAAACACUGCCUUAAUGUUCAAUACUUGAAUUAAACUGUUUUUAGUGAA